GCUGCCUUCUCCACACGCACUUCCGGGGUUCCCGCCUGCAGCUGCAGCAGCAGCAGCAGCAGCAGCAGCAGCAGCAGCAGCAGCAGUAGCAGCGGUAGCAGUUGCAGCUUCAGACCUUCCAGAAAGGGACCUUCUUCCAGCAUCACCCGGCAGCUGCAGCAGCAGCAGCAGCAGCAGCAGCAGCGGUAGCAGCAGCAGUAGCAGCGGUAGCAGUAGCAGUGGUAGCAGUAGCAGCAGCAGCAGAAGCAGCAGUAGCAGUAGAAGCAGCAGCAGUAGCAGCGGCCCCCCGUCAGCAGCAGCUGAAACCUAUCCCUGCAGCAGCAGCAGCAGCAGCAGCAGCAGCAGCAGCUGGGGGCGGUCGCUGCAGCAGCAGCAGCAGCAGCAGCAGCUGGGGGCGGUCGCUGCAGCAGCAGCAGCAGCAGCAGCGGCAGCAGCAGCUGUGGGCGGUCGCUGCAGCAGCAGCAGCAGCAGCAACUGGGGGCGGUCGCUGCAGCAGCAGCAGCGGCUGCAGCAGCGGCAGCAGCAGCAGCAGCAGCAGCUGGGGGCGGUUGCUGCAGCAGCAGCAGCUGCUGCUGCUGCUGGGGGCGGUCGCUGCAGCAGCAGCAGCGGCUGCAGCAGCUGCAGAAGCGAUGCCGCAGCAAGCAGCACGGCCACAGCCGCUCUUCCAGCAGCAACAACGACUGCUGCAUCUCCCAUAGGCACCGCAGCAGCAGCAGCAGCUGCAGCAGCAGCAGCAGCAGCAGCAGCGGCAGCAGCAGCAGCAGCACCGAUGCCGCAAGCAGCAGCGGCAGCAAAGGCGACUGCAGCAGCAGCGAUAUUCACAGCAGCACCCUUGGCAGCACCUCCAGCAGCAGCAAUGUUCACAGCAGCAGCAGCAGCAGCAACAGCAGCAGCAGCAGCAGCAACAGCAGCAGCAGCAACAGCAGCAACAGCAGCAGCAGCAGCAGCAGCAGACCUGACAGCAAUUCUGGCCCCCGUCCAGUUUCUGAAGUAUUCGUGGCUGACGGCCGAAAGGGUCCUGUGGAGUUCAGCAUCUGCAUUCAAAAAAGAAAUUAAAUUAAAUUAA